AUGGCGCACACUGCCACCGCUCCAGUCGAGGAACCUGAUAACUUCGAGCGCCACAAUCAGUUGCCGAACAAAUAUGGUGAAUACAGAGCUCACCCAAGAACUGUGCUCGGGUCUGAUAAUCUGUUCCACCCAUUCUCCAGGUCACCAAUACCGGAGAUUCGUCAACGGGCCGCCUUUACCAAACUACACGCAUAUUGUCCGCAUCCUUCGCAUCAACAGACUCGAAUACCUACCUCACCCCAUGAUCCUGAAUCGCGAAAGGUGCCCGAGGUAUCGGUAGCACCGCCAGCGCAUGUUCAUUUUGAAUGUCCAGACUGCGGUAUAGCCACAUACUGCACGGAGGAGCAUUGGGCAGACGACUACGAGGCGCACAUGGAGAUUUGUGACACACUGCGACAGAUCAACGAGGAUGACCAUGAUUUACGAUCAGGGCGGUGGUUUCCCGAAUUUGAUUAUCCGGGACCACAACUGGAUGAGAUACUGGUAAACAUGACGAGUUGGGACACCUAUCUCUAUACUCGAGGCUUUGAGGCGAUUAAUGAAGAACGAAGCAUGCGUCAGGCAACGCGACUGCUUACCUACCCGUUGACCGUGGGUAGUGUUCUGCAUGAGCUCAGUCCAUAUAAUAUACGAGCUGGAGGAAGACUGACGACGGAGGGUCUCAAAAGCUUGAGUGCAUUACGUUAUACACUACAUCCACCACGAACAGGCCAAGGCAAAGACAUUGCUGGCUUGCGCUUGACCAGUCCUCCCGUACGAAUAUUCAUCCUCGGUGCGAGAGCCGAGUCAUCAUUACCACGCGAAGUAUGGAUGCAAUUAUCCUACAUCUUCCCUCGAUCAAGCCUACACCUUGUCUUUAUUGGACCAGAAUCCAUGGCCAACAGAGAUGCAGAAUUUCCACUGCCAGAACGGACAGCUGCCAAUCCAUUUGGAGCUGUUGUUGAGGAUCGGAUAUCGGACAAAAUGAAGAUUACCACCUACGUCGAAUACUUUCAUACCCUGCAUGAAGCGAACCUCUUUUAUCCUUACGACCCAUACUUCGAUUGUUUUAUGCUUUACCAUCCUGGCCUUGGCCAUCCUGCUUCGUCACACGAAUGGGCAGACACCCUACCUCGACUGUUAGAAACGAAGGUGCCCGUGAUAUGCACAGGUUACACGGAGUGGGACAUGCAACGAGAUUGGAAGUGGGUGAUGGAAACAUGUGCUGGAGAGGUGGAUCUGCUGAUGGAGCCGGGAGAGAAUCGGUUUCGCAGUCUAAGGUGGGAUUUAAACGAUCUAGAUCCUCAGGAUAUCAGUUGUGGUAACUGGGGUGUGUGGGCUUUUAGGGGAAAGAGAUACGAAGCCACACGCAAGGAGUUGGAACCAUAG